AUGUCUAAAAUUAAAAAUUUUCUAUUUGAUAUUAUCUUUUUAGAAACGCAUAGCAAAUUAAAAACUUUAAAUGAUGAACUAAUUAAACUUUAUGAAGUUUAUCAAACGAAUAAUUUAAAGGAUGAUAGUGAUAGUGACGGUGAUAUUGACGAUGACAAUAAUUAUAGUAUAGGUAAUAGGAGCAAAAAUAUAUUAUCUGAAAGUCAGGAAGAUGAU